CGCUCCUUACAAGCAGCAGAACACAAGGUAACAACAUCUGUGCGGACACGUAGACGAAGCAAAGAGCAGAGGAAGCCAACUGGGUCAAAUCAAAGCCUCUGGAUUGAGCAGCAGGUGCAGUGGCAACAGUUUGCAGAGGAGGCACACCUGGUGGAAACAAAGACCAACAAAGAGGUGCAAAUAUCAAGAAGGCCGUCAGGUAUUUGCCAAAAUUUGCCAAUAAAAGCAGGAAAGGGAAGUAAGGAAAACCCAGAGAAAGACAGAUUCAGUAAAGAGGAACCAAGAGGACAAGUAAAGGAACUUUUGAUCUAAAGAGGGGGACCCUGUCUGGGUGCACGAUGGUGUCUUUCGGACUUGAACUGACUGGCGUCACUCUGUCAGUGCUCGGCUGGGUGCUGAGUGUGAUCAGCUGUGCACUGCCAAUGUGGAGGGUCUCCGCCUUCAUUGGCGCCAACAUUGUCACAGCUCAGGUGUACUGGGAGGGCCUGUGGAUGAGCUGUGUGUUCCAGAGCACGGGCCAGAUGCAGUGUAAGGUCUACAAUUCCAUGCUGGCUUUACCUCAGGACCUGCAGGCCGCCAGGGCACUCACCGUUGUUGCCCUCAUCGUGGGGUUAGUGGCUCUUCUCAUCGCUGUGAUGGGAGCAAAGUGCACCAACUGCAUCGAAGAGGACGGAACUAAAGCCAGGGUGAUGGCUUUUUCUGGUGGGACAUUCAUCACAUCUGCUGUGGCACAGGUGGUGCCAGUUUCCUGGUCAGCACACAUGAUUGUAGUCGAGUUUUACAGUCCAAUCAUCCCCACUGGUCAGAAGAUGGAGAUUGGGGCUGCUCUCAUGUCAAUGGGUAUGGAGAUUGUGGGCAUUGCCCUUGGUGUCCUUGGAUUUAUUAUUGCCAUAGUGACAUGUGCCCUGCCAAUGUGGAAGGUGACGGCCUUCAUCGGAGCCAACAUCAUCACAGCUCAGACCAUCUGGGAAGGUUUGUGGAUGAACUGUGUCAUCCAGAGCACGGGUCAGAUGCAGUGCAAGGUCUAUGACUCAUUGCUGGCUUUGCCUCAGGAGUUGCAGGCCUCCAGAGCAAUGAUGAUCAUUGCCAUCAUCCUCGGGGUGCUGGGAGUCAUGAUCUCCAUCGUAGGUGCCAAGUGCACCAACUGCAUAGAAGAUGAGCCUUCCAAAGCCAAAGUGAUGAUCAUCGUUGGAAUCUUUUUCAUCCUCGCAGGCCUUUUGGUCCUCAUCCCCGUCUCCUGGACCGCCAGCGUAGUCAUCCGGGAUUUCUACAACCCUAUCCUGACCAACGCUCAGAGGAGGGAACUGGGGGCAUCCCUUUACAUUGGAUGGGCAGCAGCCGCCUUGCUCCUAAUUGGUGGGGCCAUACUAUGCAGCAGCUGCCCGCCAAAAGAGAAGCAGUACAAGCCGCCCCGGAUGGCGUACUCCGCCCCGCGCAGCACCAGUGCAGGUGGAGGUUAUGACAGGAAAGACUAUGUUUGAUUGGAUAAGGUUUUGGUGGGAUAAAAUGAAAAUGUCUGUUGCACAUAA